CGAGGAAGGGUGUGAAUAUCGUUUUCACACCACAUGUGGGGUGCAUCUUCUGCGGCAUGAGUGGGAAUCACACAUUGGAGUCUUGGAACGGCCGCUGGCUUUGCUUAUAAGAAGCAGUGUAGGUGACACAGGAAAAAAACAUCUCGAGAGCCGAACGCAUGCGCGGCACGUCAAAGGAAGCUUCGUGCACUGCUGGCCGCGAAACGGGCCCAGGGACACAAGGGAGCGGGAGGAUGAGGGGGAGGGGGGGGGGCGCUGGCGAGACGAGGAUGGGCGGAGAGGCGCGAGAGCGGGCGACAACGAGGCCACGGCCGCGCACAGGCGCCCGCGCCCCGACGGCGCGCAGGCGCCCCGGGAGAGGCCGAGCGACGGGUGCAUUAGCUGGGCCCGCGGCCGCAGCGCGGGGCAGGGCGCAAGGCAGCCGUCUUGCCAUCGCUCGGACGGGCCCUGAAGGGAACAGUGCACACGUCCGAGCGGUGCCAGGGCAUGGCCUCCGCGGGCGCGCGGAGGCGGCGGCCAACAAACACGCUGCGCGCCAGGCGAGCAGUGCGCCGCGAGGGGAGGAGGGGGGCCGGGUUGGCGUGCACGCCCGGGGCGAGAGGGGGAUGGUGAGCACAUGGGCAGAGACGUAGGUCCAGAGAGCGGAGCCGUCGGGUGCGCAACGGGAAGGGGCGGUGCCUGCCCGUUGCCUCUCCCUGGAGCACGCCAACCCGCACACCGCGGCCCGCCAGGUGGAGCUCUGGAAGGCGGGGAGGAGGGGGGAUGGUGAACACUUCAAAGACAUCUUUCCCGUCAUAUCCCCACCGCCUGCCACACAAUCUGUGGUACAUGCCAGAAAAGCCCGUGAGUCAUUGUCUGCUCACAACUUGGCAGUCUGAUAAAAAGUAGAUUCGACGUAUCACCUUUGCACACCUGUAAACCAGGUGGCGAAGAAAACGGGGAAGGGGGAGGGGUGGCAGGGUUCGCACUCUGACAAACCCACGGGACUGGGGGAACCGCCCGGGGCGGGGUGCACUGCCCGGCCCCUUUAAGCCAAGACAGUAAGAACUCUUCUAGGCAGAGCCUAGGUAGGGAAUAAAACAAUGCAAGUUGCCGAUGCGUGUGCUCCCGGCGAAAUCGACAUCCUGGUCGCGCAGCAGCCACCUUGCACGAAGCAGCGGUCCCGCCGCUGCCACGGGAGACAACGUCACACCCGGGAAUCUAUCAGCGCACGACGAGGCAAUCUUGAAACGAGUCGCCCUACAACGCGCGCCAGGCAAGCUCAGCACGCUUCCGCAUAGCUCACUCGCCAGUACCAGCCCCGCGCUGCGAGGAACAUAACAUCCCCGACAUAAUCUUGGAGAUGUCAAAGCGAGGGUCCUGUCGGAGGUUGAUAGAGCCUCCACUCUGCCAAGUCGAUUCGUAAACUGCUCUUUUUCGGUCCUGGAUGGGGGAGUUGCGACCGCCAUUUUGGCGGGCCUGCACCCGCUGGGUCGGUCCCAGACCGUUUUAAUGAAAUGGUGUUCUGCUAGAACGGGGGAUCUAAAGGGGGUUCUAUCCACACCUGACCCUGGAGAACCUUGGAGACAUCACUGGGGCAACUAUGCUCGCCGUUGUCCCUGCGAAGCUCCGUCUCGGUGCCGUCGUCUGGGGCCUCCGUGCGCUGCGACCUGUCGCCGUCAGGGAGGUGCGCCUCGGCGCAGGAAUCCGCCUCGUAGUGCGGCAUGACGAAGGAAGACCACUGCAGGUUCGUCAUGGCGCCGCUGCCCUGCGUGGGCGUCGCCUGUGCCCACGGAGGGACACGCUCCUGGGCGACGAUGCCCCCGUCCUCCGUGUCCACCAGGUCCAUCCUGUGAAGCAGCGACACUUCCCGGUUCCUCGCCUCCUCGUCCAGCUCCCGCAGCGUCGAGCCCUCGUCCCCCUGCUUCCGCAGGAACGCCACCUUGUGGAACCUGCGCAGGUAGAACGGCUUCUCGAGCGAGAUGAUGCAGGUGCGUGGCCGUCGGUAAGCCCUCGUCGCGGGGUCGUUCUCGAUGCCCUUGUUGUUCACGAACUCCUGCAGCAGCUCCAUGAUGAUCCUGGACUCGUGCGUGGUGGCGAACGAGAGGGGCUUGUGGAGGAGCAGGACCUCGGGGUCCGUGACGAGCGCCCGGGCGAGCUGCACCUUGAAGCGCGAGGCCGCGGCGAGGGUCAGCGCCACCUGGGAGUCCGCGUGCAGCUGCUCCAGCUUCCGCUGCAGGGGCCGCUCCCCCGCGGCGCUCCUGCCGGGCAGGGCCGGC